GAAAGUAAAUCCAACGGUGAAAAUCGAACACAAAGCACCUCGCGACUCCAUCAGCAUAUCAGACAGCAAGCAGAUUCCCAAAACAAAUACUAGAAACCCUACUCCCAAAUAGAAGUUUGAUUGAACUCUCUCAUGGCGUUUUCUACCCGUCUCCUCUACAAAUCUCGCCAGCUUUAUGUUAGUCAAGCUGUUCUGCGGCAGGAGGUUGCCAUUCCUGUCCGGUUUUACUCUAAAGAGGCUUCUCCCCCUGGUUUAAAAGGAGAUGAGAUAUUGAAAAAUAUCUUUGUGGAGGUUAAGAACAAAUUCGAGACAGCAUUGGGAAUAUUUAGGAAGGAGAAAAUCACCAUUGACCCAGAUGACCCUGCUGCUGUCUCUCAGUAUGCAAAUGUUAUGAAGACUGCUAGAGAAAAGGGUGGCUUGUUUUCAGAAUCUCAACGGAUCAAAUACACCAUCGAAACACGAACUCAGGGCAUUCCAGAUGUCCGAACAUAUUUAUUGACACUGAAGGAAAUAAGAUCCAAGAGAGGACUCACUGAUGAACUUGGUGCUGAGGCUAUGAUGAUGGGUGCGUUGGAUAUAGUUGAAAAAGAAAUCAAGAAGCCUCUUAUGAGGGAUGACAAGAAAUCAAUGGCUCUUCUUACUGCUGAGUUUGAUAAGAUCAAUAAGAAGCUUGGGAUCCGGAAGGAAGACCUGCCCAAGUAUGAAGAACAACUGGAGCUAAAAAUUGCCAAGGCGCAAUUGGAGGAGCUGAAGAAGGAUGCUCUUGAAGCAAUGGAAACACAAAAGAAGCGGGAGGAAUUCAAGGAUGAGGCAAUGCCUGAUGUGAAGUCAUUGGACAUCCGGAACUUCAUCUGAAACUCGAAAUUCGCCUUUGGUGGUUCCAGUUUGAGGGUGAACAAGUAUAACUGUUCAACAAUUGCUUAAAACCUUUCUUUUUCAUUUUGCUACAAUAAUAUGAUAAAUAAUAAUAAUGAAAAGUGAAACCGGUGAUUGAAAGUGCACAACCGUCAGAUCUGAACAACUUAAAUUGUUGUUUUUGUUUGUGUUUAUUAUUCUCAAGUUUUUGGGAUGAAUUUCGGCUCCUUAUUGUUAUGAUUUGGUUGGUUGUAUGAAAGCAAACAUCGAUCCGUCUUUGAGGUAGAUAAA